CCUCUUUCGCAGGAGCGCCGGCUCUGUGAUCCAAGCAAUAGCCACGCCGCCUGUUUUAUUGUUUGUGGAGUCCUGUGGCUCGGCUGAGCGCUUCGCAGACGGGGAGGAGGCGAGUGGGCGGUUUAUGAUUCUGGCCUGUGCUGGGGCAAGUGAGCUGAACUCUUUUGAUUUCUCCCAGUAACCUGUGUGGGUGAACUUUAGACUGGUGCCAGGCUUCACACUCAGCCUUUUUCUCCAGGGUGAGGAGUUACUUCCUUCUGCAGCAGAUGGCUAGCUCUCUGCCGGGUGGGGAAGGAUGCCCGGGAGCGGAGUAGGAUUACAGUUUGGGGUCCGAGGGACACACCAAAGAGCCGGAGUGCCUGGGUUCUGUUCUUCGCAAAGUCCCGACAAGUGCUCCUGAAAUGAACACCCGCUUCAGUUUUCAAAUUGUACUUUUAUUUAUUUUUAUGUUUUGGCAGCGGAUCCUGCUGAUCUACAAACCGAGUACCACCAUGUGGCUAGGCUAAAACAUUUUUUCCCUCUUUCUUAACCCCUCAUUUUCCUUUUCUUUUUAACUGGGUGGCACGGAAGCAAUCUUUCUGCACAGUGCUGUGCCUGACACUGCACAUUGUCCGAGUGAGUGGGAAGCCACAGGCCGAUGUAAAGGACCCGACCAAUUUAAAAAACAGAGCUUUUUGUCUGUGGGGCCGUCCUUUGUCUCUGACUCGAUUUUGGUGUGAAAGAAGAUGAAAAAGGAACGCUCUUCGGGUUCCUUCAGACUGAAGGCAAACGCGGGUUCUCUCUCACGUGCUGUGAGUUGGAUAAAUUUCUCCUCCUUGUCCAGGCAGACAAAGAGGCUGUUCCGCAGUGAUGGAGAGCUCUCCGUUUGCGGGCAGCAGGUGGAAGCGGAUGAUGAAAACUGGAUAUACAGAACCCAGCCCAGAAAAGCGGUUUCCAACCUAGAUGAGGAGAGCCGUUGGACAGUCCACUACACUGCCCCAUGGCACCAGCAGGAGAAUGUGUUCCUUCCUGCCACCAGACCCCCCUGUGUGGAAGACCUGCACCGCCAAGCCAAGCUCAACCUCAAAUCAGUAUUGAGGGAAUGUGAUAAGUUGCGGCACGAUGGCUACCGAAGUUCUCAGUACUAUUCUCAGGGACCCACCUUUGCGGCCAACUCCAGCCCAGUCUGUGAUGAUUAUCAAGAUGAAGAUGAAGAAACAGAUCAAAAGUGUUCUCUCUCUUCGUCAGAAGAAGAAAGAUUUAUUUCCAUCAGGAGAUCUAAAACGCCAACCUCAAAUGACUUCUCUGACCUUAAUACUCAGACGAACUGGACCAAGUCACUUCCACUGCCAACACCAGAAGAGAAGAUGCGACAGCACGCCCAGAUGGUCCAGGCUGAUGUGGUUCCUAUUAACAUAACCGGGGAGAAUUUUGAUCGCCAGGCCAGCCUUCGGCGGUCUCUAAUUUACACAGACACUCUGGUAAGACGACCGAAGAAAGUCAAAAGGAGAAAGACUAUUACAGGAGUCCCUGACAGCAUACAGAAGGAGCUAGCCUCUGGCACUGGCCAAGAUGAUGUUGGUGGUCAGUCAGUGUUUGCCCCAGACCACUACCCUACACUAGGAAGGCUUGAUAGCUACCGGCCUGCUGGGCAGCGCUCAGAAACCAGGGACUCCAGCUGUCAGACUGAGGACAUGAAAGUCGUGCCACCAUCCAUGAGAAGAAUCAGGGCGCAGAAGGGGCAAGGCAUUGCUGCCCAAAUGAGCCACUUCUCUGGCUCCUCUGGCAACAUGUCUGUGCUAAGCGAUUCUGCGGGUAUCGUGUUCCCGUCCCGCCUCCACAGCGAUGCUGGUUUCCACAGUCUGCCGCGUUCAGGAGCAAGGGCAGACAUGCAGCCCCUCGAGCCGAGGCUGAGUGCCCCGGGCCCUGCAAGAGACACGGGGGGCACUUUCCCCUACCAGAGGAGUAAUCCACAAGUGGAUGAACACUUAGGAUAUUUAGGGGAUGCCUCGAGGACGGGAGCACUUUUGAGGCCCAAAUCCCAGGAGCUGAGGCACUUUGAGAGUGAAAAUGUAACAAGCCCAGCGUGUGUGGUGUCUCCUCAUGCGACCUAUUCCACCAGCAUCAUCCCAAAUGCUACACUUUCUUCCUCUUCAGAGGUCAUUGUUAUUCACCCUGUUCAGAAUUCAGGGUUGCUGGACAGUAAAAUCACCAGCUCAUCCUCAUACAUGAAGAUAAAAUCCAGAGACCACCUCAUCUCCAGGCACACUGUGAAAGAUGACCCUCAGUCUCCCCGCCGUCACUGGAGUGAGGGCCACCCAGCUGUUCUUUCACGAGCCUUAGACACCCAUUCCCCUGGUGCAUCCACACUGUUGUCUCUCUCUGAUUCCUCAGUCUCUUUAAGUGCAAAUAGGGAGAAUGGGUCCCAAGUUGUGCCCUAUAAUUGCAGAAGCAACACACGCUUCCCAGCCCACCCUCAGGAUGUGGAUGGCAAUAGCGAGUCUAGUUAUUCAGGGGGUGGAGGACAGGGUAGCUCGGAGCCCUGGGAAUACCAAGCCUCAAGUAAUGGGCAGGCAUCCCCGCUGAAGCCACCUGUGGCAACUCCUGGGUACUCCACACCAGCAAGUAACAUGAGCAGCUGCAGUUUGGACCAAACAUUCAACAAAGAGGAUGCAGGAUCGCUGUACUCUGAGGACCACGACGACUACUGCACAUCUGUGCACUCUGACUCCAGACGUGCGUCUGGGAAUCUGUGCAAUAGCAGCGAUGGCUUCAGGAACCCUCGGCACAGCGUGGUCAAUGUGUUUGAUGGAAGAGCUCAGAAAAACCAAGGGGACAGGUCGAAUUGGAAUGAUAAGUCCCUUUCAAGAAACAUCUCUCUGAAGAAAGCAAAGAAGCCUCCCCUGCCACCCUCCCGGACAGACUCCCUCCGCAGAGUUCCCAAAAAGAACGGCCAAUCCAAUGGGCAGGUGCUCAAUGAGCACCUUAUCGCCUCGCUCCAGCACUCGCUGCACCUGAGCCUCCCAGGCAAGGGCGGCAGCUCGCCCUCUCAUAGUCCCUGCAGUGACCUGGAGGAGCCCUGGCUGCCCCGGUCACGGAGUCAGAGCACCGUCAGCGCCAGCAGCAGCCUAACUUCCACCACCGCCCCCAACGUCUACUCCCUGUGUGGGGUCACUCCAUCACAGAGCGAUACCAGCAGCGUCAAGUCAGAGUACACGGACCCGUGGGGUUACUACAUUGACUACACAGGCCUGCAGGAAGAUCCGGGCACCCCAGGAGGGGGCUGCUUGGCUGGCAGCGGAACGCCCGCUGGAAAUGGCCUCGUCCGCCCUGUCCAGGAAGGGCCCAGGGCCGUCCCGCCACAAGUACCCAGUGGUUCGGUUAAACCAAAGAUCACAUCGCCAGAGAAGUCACAUAGAGUCACUUCUCCAUCCAGUGGGUAUUCUAGCCAGUCAAAUACACCCACAGCUCUCACCCCUGUGCCUGUGUUUUUAAAAUCCAUGUCACCAGCAAAUGGGAAGGGGAAGCCCAAGCCCAAGGUGCCAGAAAGGAAGUCCUCUCUGAUAUCCUCAGUGUCCAUUUCCUCAUCGUCUACUUCUCUGUCCUCUAACACCUCUACAGAAGGAAGCGGCACAAUGAAGAAACUGGACGCAGCAUCAGCCUGUCCCCCAGUGCCCCCCACUCCUCUCCCAGGCCCCUUCCUCCCGCCUCCCCCGCCCUUGGCCGACUGUCCUGAGGGCUGUGCACUGCCUCCCUCUCCUGUAUUCCCCCCUCCGCCACCUGAAGCUCUCACUCCCUUCUGCUCCCCACCUGAUGGGUGCCUUCCUCCUGCCCCCGCUUCACUGAGCCCCCCUUUUCCACAUUCUUCUGUGCCCUUACCAUUGCCUCCACCUGUCCUACCCUCCUCGGAGCCUCCACCUGCCCCUCCUCUGGACCCCAAAUUCAUGAGAGACCCCAGGCAUUCUUGCCCUAGCUCUAGCCAGCCAGACUCCUCCCGGGAGGCCUUCAGGCCGCCUUCCACUAGGGAGGAGAGCAGCAGACCCCCCAUGCCCCUCAUAACCACAGAAGCGCUGCAGAUGGUGCAGCUGAGGCCGGUGAGGAGGAACUCAGGCACCGGGCCGGCUCUGUCAUCUGAACCAACAGCUCAGGAAAAACGAACUUCAGUUGCUCCACAGUACCACUUAAAGCCAUCUGCCUUCCUGAAAUCCCGAAAUAGCACACAUGAAAUGGAGAAUGAAAGCCAGCUUGCCUCCGUGACAAGCUCACUCCGGUCGCCUGCCAAGAGCUCGAGUCAGGGUGACCAUGGCAGUGCAGCCGAGCACGGCGGCGGCCUGUGGAGUGCCAGGGACGCAGGGGCUCAGACCAGCCCCAGAACUGCCCAGCUCCCCAACUCUUCACCCAGCAGGAAGCCACCGCCCAUUUCUAAGAAGCCCAAACUGUUCCUAGUGGUGCCACCUCCACAGAGAGAUUUCACAGCGGAGCCCGCAGAGAACGUGAGCGAAGCCCUCCGAGCUGUGCACAGCCCCACGAGGGGAGAGGAGGGCCCUGCCCACAAUGAGGCAGGAGAGAGUCCCGCAGCCCGAGCUGGCUCUCAUGCGACGCAUCCUGGCAGCUUGGUUCUUGAGGAAAGAGCUGCAGAAUCUGUGUCCCCAGGCACGGUGGAAGCCAAUGUCCCCAUGGUACAGCCUGAUACCUUACCUGGCCCCCAGCAGGAAGAGCCAGCCGAGAACAGUGAGGAUGGUGGAGGUGACGUGGAGAGCUGCCUGUCUAGACAGGAUGGAGAGGCCGGGGUGCCGCAGACCGACACAGCCGCUUCCUCCUCCGAGGCCUGUGACUUCCCCAGGGAAGACGGGAGUGAUGAGGUGAUGACCCCCAGUAGACCCAGGACCACAGAAGACCUUUUUGCAGCUAUCCACAGAUCUAAAAGGAAAGUCCUUGGCCGGAAAGAUUCGGAUGAUGACCAUUCCCGAAACCAUUCUCCCUCCCCGCCGGUGACACCCACUGGCGCUGCCCCGAGCCUGGCCUCUCCCAAGCAGGUGGGAUCCAUUCAGAGAAGUGUCCGGAAGAGCAGCACCAGCAGCGACAACUUCAAAGCUCUGCUGCUCAAGAAGGGGAGUCGUUCUGACACCAGCGCCCGCAUGUCGGCGGCGGAGAUGCUCAAGAACACUGACCCGCGAUUCCAGAGGUCCAGGUCGGAGCCUGCAACAGACACUCCCGAGAGCCCGUCAAGCUGCUCCCCAAGCAAGAGCAGAAGGGCCCAGGAGGAGUGGGCCAAGAACGAAGGCUCCAUGCCUCGGAGUCUGUCGUUCUCCGGCCCCAGGUACGGCCGCAGUCGAACGCCGCCCUCCGCCGCCAGCAGCAGGUACAGCGUGCGGAACCGGAUCCAGAGCAGCCCCAUGACGGUCAUCUCGGAGGGCGAAGGCGAAGCCACCGAGUCUGUGGACAGCAGAGCGCGCGGGGCUCCCGGCACCGCGCAGGGAUGCUCGCUGGAUGGGCGGGCGGGGGAUGAGAUGGACGAGGGCAGGCCGCUUUGCAGCGAAGAGCCUGCCGCCUCCCUGCAGCCACCGGCUCCUGGCCCUGCCAAUGGGACAGCCAGUGUAGGGGACAGGGAGCAGUCAGAGCAGUGUGGAGGUUCUCUGAAGGAGGAGAGCUAGGGACAAGAACGUGACUCUCCCGGGUGAUGGGAGAUGAGCAAUGCCUCCUUAGAGCAAGCCUGCUAGGUGUCCUCGCCUGGCUGCCCGGGACCCCACCCAGAGUCCUGCUGUGGGCCCAGCGCUGCCGGCCCUGCAGUGUGAGCGGAGGGUCACUUAGGACUCACUUGGCACUUGCCCUGUGGCUUAAAUGCAAGUAGAAGCUUAAACUUCUGAAAGUGCUUCCUGGGGAAGAUUUUUUUUUUCCUAAAUACUGGGGGUGUGUCAGGGUGUGUGUGGGUGUGUGUGCAUUUUAAACAUAUUUUUUAAAAAUACACACACACAACGUGUACAGAUAUAGGGGAAAGUAAGCCAGAGUUCAGCUGGGUGGAGUAAGCUGGGCGUCUCCGGACGAGGUGGUAACCGCUGUCAGAGCUUCUGUUUAGGGAAACGUGUGAGUUCCACGAGAAGGGAGAAGACGUUGUUGCUUCUAAGAAAGAGGCGGUGGAUUAGCUGGUUCUUGCCGGCAGAACGCGGGGAUGUACGCACGUGUGUGCUGGAGGGGAGCGUGUCCCGUGAGCUCGGAGAAGCUGGGGAAGGGCGAAUGGGUUCAGGUACUUUUUCUCUGGGGGAAAUAGGCUUUGUUUCUUUUUUUUGGUAAACAUAAGAAACGUGGAGCUGGCAAAGCUGUAACUCAGUGCCCGCUGCUGUGCAGCCUCAUACACCCAGCUCUUAGCCGGAUUUUUAGAAGUGUGGGUAAUUUUUAAAUGCAGUUCCCCCUUGAGUAGCGGCUGCAGCGUCCUGUGAGAAGGGAAGUGACGUGGGGACAUACCGACAGCGGGGGAGAGGCAAGGCGGGGAGGAGUAAGGGACACACUGCUGGAAUUGGUUUCCUGCCUAGUAAAUAAAGUUAUUUUGCAGAAUUAAAUUUGAAAACUUGCACUACAGGACUGUGGGCGGAGCUUUUCCUUUGACACGAUUUUUGACCCUUUUUAAACCAGAGUUUAAACUUCCAUUUGGCCAUUUCCUACCACUUGAAAUGUCAACAUUUGCUAACUUGUGGAUAUCCUUUUGGUUACACCAAAGACAAAGUUAUGGCUCUUUUCUUUCCUUGCCUACAGUAUGGUGUCCUAAUUUAGAACGUUUUUAGCAAAAUCUAUUGUUCCUUAUCUGACUUUAAAGAAAAUGCUGAAUAGCUCUUAUUAGUCAAACAAACUGAUAGACCUUGGUCAGGCGAGGCCAUUAGCCCCAAGGAAAAUGAGGUGUUAGAUUAAAAAGAGUUUUGUGGGUUGUUUUUUUUUUUGCAUUAUUUGGUUUGUGCAUUUUUAUAUUUGUUUUUAAAUAAUUGAGUUGCUAAUUACCUUCUAAUCUUCUAUAAUUAGAAUUUCAACACCUUUAGACACAGGAGAAAUGGAAAGUCUUUAUUUUAAUGUAAAGCUCUUGUGGCCCACACCCUCCCUCCUUCCUACUUCCGUACUUUGGCACCUUUGUUAGCCAGAGUCUUGUCUUCUUUAGAAAGGCCAGGAGACCAUGGUGAGGUUCUUGGUUUAAGUCCAUUGCAGCUACCAAAUAGCCUUUUUUUUUUUUUUCAGCAUGAAAAUAUCCCUCAAAGUUGCUCUGCACAGGUCAACUCAUCACGAGGUUUAUAAAAUAAAACUUGAGACACCAUUUUAGACAUGUCUUUGAGGCAGAAACAUAUGUAAGGAGUUAAGACUCCUUCCCUUUGAAGAAAAUGAAGCACUUCUUUUUAUACAGCAGGGAAUCAAGAGCUGACAUUUGGAGCAGUUUUCUACUACAUUGGCACAAGGACUGUUUCUUCUAAAUUUUGGAAAAGUGGUGUUGGCUUUUUUUUUUUUCCACGUUGGCUUUUGAUUAUGAAAUCUUGUAGCUACCUAAAAAAGAUUAGAAUGGACAUGGACAUCAGAAAUCUUUAACUUAAUAUAAAAAUCAUUUAUUUGAAGGUAAGAUGAGCAACAUUGAAACUAAUUAUAAAACUAUUUAAAAAUGACCAUUUUUAAAGAAAAAUAUCUAUUAGGUUUUUAAUUUGCUUUGAAUAAAACAAUUUUAAAGUAAA